GGUAGUGAUUCCUUCGUUUGGCGAUUUUCGCGCAAACGGUUUCCGUAAAUUUCGCGUAAACAUGCUAAAAAUUUAUACAAAUUUCUUAUUGGAAAUUACAGAAUGCCUCCGCAGUCGGUGUUGAAUAUUUUAAUUAUAUUCAAUAAGUGAAAAUCACGUGACAAAUUUAUUGCAAGACAUAAUUGGCGCAGUGGCGACCAAAUUUUUUCCAAUUAGAAGUGGAAGGUAGGCAGCAAUCGUUUUUGCUGUGAAUGUGAAAAGUAUAAAGUAUGAUAAAGCAUUGGAGAAUCAAAAAAUAUUGCAAUAAUAAUAAUCGGUCAAAGUGUAAGGAAUCGGAAUACACGAGUAAUAAUUUUUUCACCUCCAUUCAUUGCAUCUGUAUUCAAUUGUUGAUUUAUUAAUGAAAAUUAGUGUGCGAGAAAUGCAAAAUUUGUGAAUCACUUGAAACAGUCUAAAUGCAAUUAACCUACUCGUUGCCACUUUUUGAGCCGCCUCCCUUUUUGGUGGAGCGCUGCUUACUCCAACUGCUCAUUGUUAACACAUGUCAACAGCAGUACUUUAAAAGCAGUACCAAAUCCAUAAACACCUUUAGUUGUACCAUCAACCAUUGUAAGAAACAAGUGCUACGAUAUCGGGCUAUUAAAAAUUAGAAGGGACUACAAAAUUCAUUGAGUGAAGUUAAUUGUGCAACAACACGCUGUUAAAUAAUUGUUAAGGAUUUAACAAAUAAUUAUUUUAAACAAUAACGGACAAAAAAAAGGAACAAAUAUACACAUAAAAUGUCGGAAUUGCGUCGACGAAGCCACCAAAUUCAACUGACACUAGCCUCUUUGGUUUUAGCAUCGACGCCAUCAGCGCAGCAACGAAAAAAGCCACCAAUUUUGUGGUCACUAUCUCUUAUAACGGUUUCAUUAGUUAUGUUGCUAUUGCUCCCAAUGAGCCCAACAGAUGCCACACCCAUCGAAAUAGUGUUUAAUACCACAAGAAAUACGCCGAAUGUAGAGACUGCAGCAAACAAGUGGAUGUCUCCUUAUGGUAAUGUAAAUAAUAAUGCUGCUGCUAAUGGAAGUGUUCGUAAAGGAACUGUACGCCAACAAGAGAACACUUUAGUGGCUACAGUACCAUCAUCCGCAACAAUAUCGGCAACAGCUGGUCGAAUGGAUAUGGGUAACAACAGUUCAAAGCAUGACGAUACCUUGCCCAUGGCUUUGGUGCCGCAACAGACCACUUUAUCAACGCCGCUGUUGCAUCAACUUAGCGGACACAAAAGUAACAGUAAUAAGCGAGAGAGGCCGCUGAAAUGUCAUUGUGACAUUUGUAAGGACACGAAUUUCAUAUGUGAAACGGACGGCUAUUGCUUUACGUCAGUGGUGAAGGAUGAGGACAAAAUCAUAUUUAGCUACAGGUGCCUAGAAAAGAAGUAUGAUCUGCAGCGUGAACCGCUCGAAUGCCUGACUAGCCGCGAGAAAAAGAACGUCUAUAUAGUUAAAUGUUGUAGUGAUGACUUCUGCAAUAAAGAUGAACUAUUGAAAUUGAGUUUUGGGACAGAAUUCUUGCCUGAAGAGCCGUUAAACGCCUGGGUUUUGGUCGUGAUCAUUUUCGGCGCCACGCUCUUCAUCUGCCUAUCGGUACUGUUGUCGUUGUGCUUCUGGCAGCGACGCAAACGCAAUAGUAAUGGACGCACCUUCCCACCGGACGAUUCUGUGUGCGAUCCCAUACUGAAUGGCAACACUAUACAGGACAUUAUCGAGAUGACAACAUCGGGUUCCGGUUCGGCCGGUUUGCCGCUAUUGGUGCAGCGCUCCAUUGCACGGCAAAUACAACUCUGCCAUGUAAUUGGUAAGGGUCGCUUCGGUGAAGUAUGGCGUGGUCGCUGGCGUGGCGAAAAUGUGGCCGUUAAGAUCUUCUCCAGUCGCGAGGAGUGCUCUUGGUUUAGGGAAGCUGAAAUCUAUCAGACUGUGAUGUUACGUCACGAAAAUAUUUUAGGUUUCAUAGCUGCUGAUAACAAGGAUAAUGGCACUUGGACGCAACUUUGGUUGGUCACUGACCACCACGAAAACGGUUCAUUAUUCGAUUACCUCACCACACAUACAGUGGAUACGAAAACUAUGCUCAAUAUGGCGCUCUCCAUCGCCACCGGUCUGGCACAUUUACAUAUGGAUAUUGUGGGUACACGUGGCAAGCCAGCGAUAGCGCAUCGUGACCUCAAAUCGAAAAAUAUCCUCGUCAAAUCCAAUCUCAGCUGUGCGAUAGGCGAUCUGGGCUUGGCUGUGCGUCAUGUGGAAAAGAAUGAUUCCGUCGAUAUACCCUCCACACAUCGUGUGGGCACCAAACGUUAUAUGGCACCCGAAGUGCUAGACGAAAGCAUGAAUGCACAGCAUUUCGAUUCGUAUAAGCGUGCCGAUGUGUAUGCCUUCGGUUUGAUAUUGUGGGAGAUCGCGCGUCGUUGCAACAUCGGCAUGAUAUACGAUGAAUAUCAAUUGCCAUAUUUUGAUGUUGUACAACCUGAUCCUAGUAUUGAGGAGAUGAAGAAGGUGGUUUGCAUUGAUAAAAUGCGUCCGAACAUACCGAAUCGCUGGCAUGCGUCGGAUGUGCUGCACGGCAUGGCGAAAGUAAUGAAAGAGUGCUGGUAUCCUAAUCCUGUUGCGCGUCUUACAGCGCUACGUAUCAAGAAGACUCUGGCCAAUAUAACGGUCGAGGAUAAAGUGAAGAACUGAUUGUAGUUGUAGUGUGCAGCCAUUUUGGCGUGAAACUAACGGAUAUAAAUUGUACUAUUUGAUUGGGGAAGGCUGUCGCCAAAGCGUCACAUACAUUUUAGUGUGGUGCUGAGCGCAAAAUUCACCUUCUCUACCUCCCUUUCUGUUUACUUUUCUGCCGAAUUUGUUGAGAGCAUACUAAAAGCGCGGAAAAGUAUUGGAAAAAUUACCUAAAGAGAAGAGCAUACCUUAAAAUACCUAAUAAUUAACAACAAAGAAGUAAAAGAAAACAAAACACACAAAAAAAAGAAAAGAAAAAAAAAAACAAGAAAAGAGAUAUGGUAAACAGAGAAAUUUAUAAAGCUGUUAUAAUUGAUGCAGAGCAUUCUAUUAAAGCACUAAAAGUUGUAUUUGUAAUUUUAAACUAUAAUUUGUAAUAACAUGUGUAAAUGCGAACGUACCGUAAUGUAAUGUAAUGUAAAAUGUGUAUUAGACAUAAGAGAGCGUGGAGCGCAAGGCACAGCAACAAAUGUUUGUAACUAAUUGAGAGAGAGCAGCAGCUUGGUAAAAACACGAAAUAAUUGAAUAUUUAAAAUUAUUUUAAAAUAAGUGAAGUGUGUGUGUGUGACUGCCUGUGUGUGCGUGCAUGUGUCUGAAUAGUUUAGUUAGAGAAAGGAGAAAAAAGUGAAGUCUGAGGAAAAGUUGUGAAUGUGUGUAUGUGCUGAAAAAGAAAAAUAGCUGUAAAUAUUUUGGAAAUGACACAAUCCUGAGAUUUUCCUAUGGCAGCUGCUAUUUUAGAUUUACAA